AGGCUCGAGAUGGGCCCAGCUUCCCGUCUGCUGCUCCUGCUGCUGCUCCUCCCAGUCCUCUGUUUUGCCGCUGACAAUGAGUCGCUUCACACCUGUACCUACCCCCCGUACCGCUGGUGUAGCUCCUGGAAAAUCGCCAUAGCCUGCAAGGUGGAGGAGCAAUGUCCUGUGCUGUUCCAGCCACCAAAAUCCAAGGAUGCCCCGCCCGUGUCUGUCAGCCUGUUCUAUGAGAGCCUGUGCCCCGCCUGCCGAAACUUCCUCACUCUGCAACUCUUUCCCACCUGGCUGAUGCUGUUUGAAAUCAUGAAUGUUACUCUGGUGCCCUAUGGAAAUGCUCAGGAGACCAAUGUCAGUGGGAAGUGGGAGUUCACUUGUCAGCAUGGUGAGGAUGAGUGUUUGCUCAACAUGGUGGAGACCUGUGUGAUGGACGCUGUGAAAGAUGCCUCUGAUGCCUUUGCCAUCAUCUUCUGCAUAGAGUCAUCCUCAAGUAUUAAGGACUCACUAGAUUCCUGCUUGAAGAUCUAUUCUCCGACCACCUCACCUGAUGACAUUAUGAAGUGUACGAAGAGCGACCAGGGCAACAAGCUGAUGCACCAGAAUGCCCAGCUAACAGAUGGACUUGAGCCUCCACACAAAUACGUACCUUGGAUUGUCAUUAAUGGGCAACAUACAGAUGAGCUGCAGGCCCAGGCCCAAGAAGGACUCUUCAACUUGGUGUGCAAGCUGUAUAAGGGGCAGAAACCCAGCGCCUGCCUGACCAAUUCUUCCAGUCUCCAUCUGAAUAAUUUGUGCCUGAAAUGAGCCCCCCAGCCCCUCCCCACCACACAGGCCAGGCAUAGUGGAUCCUGGCCAAGGAUCCACAGAGAGGGACCCUGAGCCUUGAACAACCUGGUGCCAUCUCCACCCAAAACCCUUGUCAGCCUUCACUCCCUCCCUCCUGUGCACCUGCUGUUCAGCCAAUGAGUUCCAGGUCUGACCAGGUGGUCUUUAGGUGGGGAGUGGGCUAGGCCUGGGAACCUCAGGGAAAUACCUUGAUAAAAAGAGUACUUAAUAAAUACUAUUUUGAUA